AUGACUAUCGAUGCUCUUGCAAAAGUUGCUCCGAAAAUACAAGUCCAACUUGAUCGGGUGGUGGAUGUAGUUCAUCGUCUUGGUCGCAAAUCUUCUCCGUCAAAUGUGAAUUCUAAGCGGGCCAUCGUCAUUCUCUUCUCGAUGCGCAUCUACCGUGACGAGGUCUGGAGGGCUGCCAAAAACUCCAAGUUCUUACUGGAUAACAACCUUCGCAUCUCUGAAUUACUGUCACCUGAAGAUAAAGCAGCAAGAGAGAAACUGUGGCCAAGGGUGAAGAAGGCUCGGGAAGAAGUUCUGUCUAGGUAUGUGCCAAGAUGUCCUGAUGGGCUUGAGAAGAUUUUGAUCGGUGGUGACAGGCUCACAGAGGGCAAUUGCCAUAAUAUCCAGCUGGCGUUUGCUGAUGGGGAGACAGAGGAGGACCGUCUGGAAGGCCUCGUUUUCAAAUUUGAAGACUGGCACGCAAUUAGAAAUCUCUUUGAGAUAUAUCAUCAGAUCUUCUUUAACAAAGCAUCUGCCAAAGACCAUGGCACAAUACUCGCCAACAUGAAUCUCUUGAGGAGUCCUCCCCUAAAGAUGAUCUUUGCCAACCAUGAAUUUGGCGUGGAUAUAUGAACUGUGCAAUUUUCUGGAAAAGGACAGCCACCAUGAAUUCGGCUGCUUUCCGUUGGUCGUUUA